UGCGCAUGCGCAGGGCGGGCGGAUCACAGGGUUGGUGUGUUUGUAAUGAUACAUUUUGAAGCACAUGAUCAUCGUAACCAAGUUGUCGCGAAACCGGAUCUUUAUUUUUUUAUAUAUUUGCGCCUCCUGCUCUGUGGGAAAGUAGCUGAAACAAUGCGAUACAAGUUUGUAGGUACGUCAUGUAGCAGCAGCACAAAAAUCGGCGGUUGAGGAAAAGGGGAAAUGCGAAGGUACCGACGGUGACGGCGGAAUGUCGCAGAGCUCCGGAGCUCCGCAGCCGCCCCCUGCUCCACCUUCCUCCUUCUCUUCCUUCUCCACCACCACCAACCCUACCUCCUCCUGCUCCGCUCUGCCCGGCCUGGAGGCCUCGGGGGCGGGAUGCAGCACCGUCCUGAUGUCGGUCAAAGUGUCGACGAGUCACUCCGGGAUCCGGCCGCUGUGUGUGCCCGGCUUUGGAGAUGACUUUCUUCGGCUUCAGCUCAGCAUGGACACCGCCAAGGCGGGGGAAUUCCGGCUGGCCCUGAGGCACAGCGGCGGAACGAACGCGUCCAUCGCUGAGUUCGAUCUCAGGACAGUGCGCUACGAAGUCAAGACACCACAAAGUCACGAGCUGAUCCUGGCCACGCCCCCUCACGACCGCAUCACCUUUAACUUCCGGAGCGAACAGGAAGCGCAGGCCUGGGCCACCGUGGUUUUGUCAUCCCUCCGUGAGGUCCAUCGAGUGGCCACUGAUUGUCCUGCAAAUGAUGGACAGCUGCAGCCCCAGCCCCUGGUUGUCCAGUUGCCCGCCUCGUUGUCCAGCACGGAGGAGUUGUGUAUGGAGCUGGUUCAGGCUAUCGAGGCCGGAGAUGUCCAGGCUGCGUCUGUGUGUGCGGAGUCUCUCGCUCGCCAGCACACACCGCUGUGCAUAAAGCCACAUCACAAACACUACACCAACAAGGAGAUCAGUCUGUCAGUGGUGUUGGAGGACGCUUCUUCUUCCUGUUGCGUCACGGUUAAAGUCUUCCCCCACACCACGGUGGCUGCCCUAAAACAGCAGGUGUUUGUGCAGUACGGUUUCCACCCAGACGUCCAGCGCUGGGUCAUCGGUAAGUGUCUAUGCACCGACUCUCGCUCUCUGGUGUCCUACGGCGUGCAGCAGGACGGAGACACCGCCUUCCUCUACCUGGUGUCCCGACAGAGGCGACACGACCAUGAGAACUUCCCCCCAGUCCCUGCUUCUUGGUCUGGAGGGACGCAGUCUGUCAGCAAUGGGCCCGAGGGAGCGCUGAGGGCCUACAGCACGCUGCCCACCAGACUGCAUCCGCAACCCAACAAUACCGGCAGUCAUAGUUUGGCAGGGAUGGAAAGAUUGGGCUUGGGGGAAAUCCGUGACCUGAUUAACAUGGAGAUGCCGCAGCUAAACGAAGUCCUCUCACCCAGCCGAACGAACACACAGCUGGGCUGGGCGUGUCCUUCCUGCACGUACAUUAACAAGCCGACGCGUCCCGGCUGUGAGAUGUGCAGCGCGGACAGACCCGAGAGUUACACCGUGCCUGGAAGCUACAGACCCGACACACUGGAACUGCGACGCAUCCAACAGGAAAAAGAAGCCAUCAGGCAGUACCAGCAGGCACAGGAAGCAGAGCGCAGAGAGAACUAUGCCCGGCUGGUGGAGGUGGACGGUCAGGAACUGGUGCCAAAUGCAGAGAACGUUGAAUGCAAGAUUUGUUAUUUACAGCUUCAGUCAGGAGAGGGAGUCCUACUGCGCGAGUGUCUCCACUGCUUUUGCAGGGAAUGUUUGCGUUCAGUGAUCCUGCUUUCAGAGGACCCUCAGGUGGCAUGUCCCUACAGAGACGAGGCUUAUGCAUGCGACUGUACACUGCUGGAGAGAGAGAUCCGUGCUCUGGUUUCCGGUGAGGAGUAUGAGCGAUGGCUGCAGAGGGGGCUCUCAGUAGCAGAGUCCCGAUGUGAGGGCAGUUAUCAUUGCGCCACCACCGAUUGUCUGGGCUGGUGCGUAUACGAGGACACGGUCAACACCUUCCAUUGCCCCGUCUGCAACAAGCACAACUGCCUGCUCUGCAAGGCAAUUCAUGAAGGGAUGAACUGUAAACAGUACCAGGACGAUCUUGCUGCUCGUGCCAUCAAUGACAUUGCAGCACGGAGAACGAGAGACCUCCUAAAGACCCUGGUGCGAUCCGGCGAGGCAAUGCACUGUCCCCAGUGUGGAAUCAUCGUACAGAAGAAAGAAGGCUGCGAUUGGCUGCGCUGCACCGUGUGUCACACAGAGAUCUGCUGGGUCACCAGAGGACCGCGCUGGGGCCCCGCGGGUCCCGGAGACACGAGUGGAGGCUGCCGCUGUAACGUAAAUAAACAGAGAUGCCACCCAAAAUGUCAGAACUGCCACUGAGAGAAAUCUGGAUUAAAAAAAAAACAAUAACCGUGAAAAGACUGAAAGCAAAAACCAAAGCAGAAAAGCUUUAACUUAUUAAAUUCAUAUCGAAGUUAAUACUGGACAAAAUGCACUUUUGAUGUCUUACCCCCCGCAAUAUAACACCAGGAAACCCAUUAAUAUACACAAGUGCCUUAUUUUAGAAAUCCAGGGUGCUACUGUUUUCUCAUGGAUUUGUAUAGAUCCAUUGUAACUCGUGUGUGUUUAACAUUUUUAACCAAAAACAUACUAGAAAUCUAUUUUAAUUCUAAGAUAACGUAACGUAUUAUUGUCUUAGAGUUUUAACUGUUGAAACGAAGCAUGACGUUGAGAACAAUAGCCACGGUCAUGAUCGUUACUCUGAGAGUGACUGUUCAGUGCCUUUAUGUUGGAGGUAUGGUUUAGAUUCUAGAAUGAAAACAAUGAGCUUUAUGUAAUUUAUUGUUUCACACUGAUAUGAAAACAAACAAAUAAACAAUUUUACAUAAAA